AUCUCAAUCUUUGACUUGUUGAAUGAGAUAUUGGAAUCAAUGAAGCAAGAUGAGGGGUCACCGUUUAUAACUGCAUUGACUAACGAUAUUCAUAUUCUCCCAGAUUUUCAUGGUAACAGGUCCCCUAUUGCAGACCCAAAAUCAAAAGGUAUGAUUUCGGGUUUAACACUCGACGCUAGUGAAAAGCAGCUGGCACUUCUCUACCUGGCCACAGUACAGGGCAUUGCAUAUGGAACCCGCCAUAUAGUAGAGCACUGCAAUGCUAAUGGACACAAGAUUGACACACUACUUGCCUGUGGUGGACUUACGAAGAAUCGACUAUUUGUUCAAGAGCAUGCGGAUAUUAUUGGUUACCCUAUCAUUCUUCCUCGCGAAAAUGAAUCUGUGUUAUUGGGGUCUGCUAUUCUAGGUGCUGUAGCUUCAAAGAAAUAUCCUACUGUUCGUGAGGCGAUGAAGGCAAUGAAUGCAGCUGGUCAGGUUGUCCAUCCGUCUAAAGACGUGAAAGUAAAGAAGUACCAUGAUGCCAAAUACAGCAUCUUCCGCGACCUUUAUGAGCAGCAACAGAAGCAUCGUUCACUUAUGACCGAGGCUUUAUCAUGAGGUUUUUUCUUCACCGUUGUCGCACUUUUUGGUAUCCGAUUUGUUACAAACCACGUCAUCGAGGAACGACGGAAAAAUGCAACACCAGUUCCCGGUCUCCCCUCCUCUCCCUCCUGCAUUUCCUUGAACCAUUAUGUGAAAAUGUAUCAAAUGUACAGUUAAAAUUCUUGUUGACCUGUUCAUGUCAUGAUUUUAUUUCCCUAUGGGGAUCUUCCAGUUCUAGUGUAGAGAUUCUUUACGUCUGACGGUCUAUAUAACUUAAACUCUUUUCGAAGUUACA